GGCUGUUAGAAAUACUCUUUGUGACCCACCAGAAGAUACUGAUACUAUCUGAUAAUGAGAUAUCAUUAUUAUCUGAAGUCAAUUGGUGAAUGGUGACUAGCAGUGGAAUCCACGAUAAUGCGCAUUUCGUCCUGUUUGGUACUUGUCACCUCUGGAUGUAUCUGCAUUUCAUCCUGGACUGCACUGCUAGUCACCAUCCACGAGUAAUUGACUUCAAUUUACAUGACCAGACAUCGUUGAAGCAUUUGCACAAGGGGCCGACAUGUCAUCCUGAGACUGAGCACUUAGGGUCCAAUCAAUCGACAGGAAAAUCUAACAAAAUUGAAUUAAAUCACUAUUACUUGUUAAAAUUACAUAAUAAGAUGAAUAACUACUCACAAUCGAUGGGAGAUAAACACUGGAGGCGCAUUUCGUCCCAAUUAGGACUAAUCAUCAGCUAAGUAAACUUGCUCUCCAGUGGAAUGGCUGCCUUUACACAGACAGAAUAGCAUUCAGAAACCCAUAGGAAACUAAUCUAUUGAGUCUAAAAUCACACACUCAUAAAUGUAAUACCGGAGGUGAAUUGCAUGGCUUACCAGUGAACGUUUAGUAGAAGUGGUAUCUUUUUAUACGGCGG